AUGAAAAUACCAGGACCAGAAGGUUUGCCCAUCGUAGGAAAUUCUUACAAAUUUAUCCAAAACCCGGUCGAGAUAUUCAAAUAUAUAAGGCACUUGUUCAGAAAAUACGGUUGUAUAAUCCAGUUUCAUGCCAUCAAUGGUCGAGCUAUUGGUAUUCUAGACCCAGAACUUAUUGAGGUUAUCCUGUCAUCAAAUCGUUACAACGAAAAAAGUAUUCCAUACAAUUUCCUUAGACCUUGGCUAAGAGAAGGGCUUUUGAUUAGCAAUGGACAAAAAUGGCAUCAACGACGUAAGUUAUUAACUCAGGCGUUUCAUUUUAAUAUUUUGAAAAAAUACUUUGCGACGUUCACGGAAAAAACAGAAGAUUUUUUGGUCAAAGUACAAGAGAAAGUUGGAGAGCAUAAAACAGACUUAACACCGUUGAUUAAUGCUACGACGUUACGAGUCAUGUGUGAGACUGCAAUGGGUACGUCGAUGAAAGACGAUAUUGAAUCUGUAGCAAAUAAAUAUUCAAAAGCUAUAGAAGUUGUUGGAACAUCUGUCAUAGAAAGGUUGUGCAGGAUUUGGCUACAUUCAGAUUUUCUUUUUAAACUAUCGAAUAGAGCCAAAGUUCAAGAGAAGGCACUCAAAGAUUUACACGUAUUUACUAGUAGAAUAAUUAGAGAGAGAAGGAUUUUUUUAAACGAGAAUAAUAUCAAUGCAUUCGAUGACGCAGAAGAUUAUGGAAAGAAAGGAAGAUUAGCUAUGUUAGAUUUGCUACUCGAAAAUGAGAAGAUUGGAAAUAUAGAUACUGUAGGAAUAAGGGAGGAAGUAGAUACAUUUAUGUUUGAGGGUCAAGAUACAACAGCGCAGGCAUUAAUUUAUUUACUUAUGAGUAUUGCUAACGAGACCAAAGUACAAGAAAAGAUUUAUGAAGAAAUGCAAAAAAUUUUUGGUGACUCACGCCGGUGUCCGACGAUGGAGGAUCUUAACGAGAUGAAAUAUUUAGAAUGUUGCAUAAAGGAAUCGUUGCGGCUUUAUCCUAGUGUCCCAAUAAUUGUUCGGUACGUAACCGAAGAAGUCCCAUUAGGUGAUUUUGUUGUGCCAUCAAACUGUCAUAUUUUUAUAUCCAUAUAUGAUUUACAUCGUCGGGAAGAUCUGUAUGCUGAACCAGAACGCUUCAUACCAGAGAGGUUCUUACCUGAAAAUGUUCAAAAGAGGCAUCCCUAUGCAUAUAUACCAUUUAGUGCUGGGCCCAGGAAUUGUAUUGGCCAAAAAUUCGCCAUGUUAGAGAUAAAAAUAAUUGUGUCGAGUAUAUUAAGACGCUUUCGUCUAGAAGGAGUGACCAAACCAUUUGAUCUUAUUUUUAAAACCGAUAUGUUACUACGCACGGCAGAAAAACCGAUAUACGUACGAUUUUACAAUAGAGAC